UCCGGUCCGUCGUACGUCAUCACCCCGCGCCGCAGAGAGGGCCCGGCCGCCGCCAUGGUGCAGCUCGGCAGCCGCCUCCUCAAGGGCUACCGCGGCGGCCACGUCGUGAUCCGCUUCGCCCGGGGCGGCUGCACCAACCGGCCCUUCUACCGCCUCGUGGCGGCGCACAACCGGCGCGCCCGCGACGGGAAGUACCUGGAGCAGCUGGGCUGCCUCGACCCGCUGCCCAACAGCCACGGCGAGAAGGUGGCGGGGCUCAACCUGGAGCGGCUGCGGCACUGGCUGGGCUGCGGCGCGCAGCUCUCCCGCCCUGCUGAGAAGCUCCUGGGUCUGGCCGGGUUCCUGCCGCUCCACCCCAUGACGGUGACCGGCGCCGAGCGGCUGCGGCGGCGGCGAGCGCAGGAGGCUGCCGCGCAGGCCGCGGAUGGCUCUGCUGUGCCCGGCGAGGAACCGUGAGAGGCCCCGAGCGAGGGCUCCGUGAGCGGGAUCGCGCCCUGCCCCGCCGCCCCCUCCGAGUGCAUUAAAGUG